AUGGGAUUUGCAGCCAGCAAACAGGUGACAGAGGAAUGUGAACAAAAUGAAGAUCUUCAACAUGAAAAAGAUGUUAAAAAGUUUCAAGAUGCAUUUGAAAGUGGUGGUUACUCUGAUCUGCACAAAAUUGUUAGUGAUAACUUAGAUGAAUGGAAGAAGAUUGAGCUGAACAUAGCUGUUACUGGCAAAUCAGGUUCAGGAAAAUCAUCUUUUAUAAAUGCAUUCAUGAACAAAAAACCUGGAGACGAGGGUGCAGCAGAAGUGGGUGGUUUUGAAGAAACCACAAUGAAAAUCAAGAAGUAUAAGCAUGAAAAAUAUAACAUGUGUCUCUGGGAUUUGCCAGGAAUUGGAACGGCUAGGUUUCCUAGAGAUGAGUACCUUCGAAAAACUUCUUUCACACAGUUUGACUUUUUCUUGAUUGUUACUGCGACCAGAUUAUCAGAGAAUGACGUAUACUUGGCCAAGGAAGUCCAUGAGAAAAUGGAACGAAAAAGGUUUUUCCUUCUUAGAACUAAACUAGAUGAUGUGUCAAAGGAAAAGAAACGGUCCGAAGAAGAACUUGAAAAAAUAAGAUUCCUUUAA